AUGACCCGUCAGCACAAGUUGGGUCAUGUCCUGCAAUGGAGGCCCAUGGGGCGCAACAGCGGGGGCCAUGCCUUCCUGGGCCUGCACCUGGCUCAAAGGCUCCUGGAACAGGGGCAUGAGGUCACCAUUCUGAAUGCUGGAUCCAAGGUGCCGAGGCACGUGGUGGUGGAGAUGCGGGAGAAGCUGGAGAAGAACGGUCCGUUUGCAGAGUAUGCCAAUGUCAAGGGGCUGGAGGUGGUGUGGGGGGAUGCGACCGACAGCAGUUUCCUGGAGUCCCUCAAGCCCUAUGAUGUCGUCGUCGAGAAUAACGGGAAGGACCUGGAUACCUGCAAGCCCUUGAUCGACGCCUUCAAGGGGCGCAAGGGCACCCAGUACAUCUUCAUCGCCUCUGCCGGGGCAUACAAGCCCGACCCCAACCAGCCCCCGCUUGUGGAGGGGGACCCCCGCAAGGAGUCUGCUGGGCAUGUGGCCGUGGAGAAGUACAUCGAGCAGGAGCAUCUGCCUUACACCGUGUUCCAGCCGCUGUACAUCUAUGGGCCGCACACCGCCAAGGACUGCGAGCAGUGGUUCCUGGACCGCAUCCUUCGGGACGAGCCGGUGCCCGUCCCCGGUAACGGGCUGGGCCUGGUCACGCUGAGUCACGUCGCCGACGUGGCGGCCAUGGUGGCCGCGGCGGUGCCGGGCAAGCCGGCCGCCCUGGGCCAGCACUUCAACGUGUGCUCCGACCGCGCGGUGACCCAUGCAGGCAUCGUGCACAUCCUGGCAGAGGCGGCGGGACGGGAGGCACGCCUCGCGCCCUUUGACGCCGAGGAGACCGGGAAGCUGAAGGCCACGGGGUUUCCCUUCAGGCCUGGGCACUUCUUUGCCUCGUCGGACAAGGCCAAGCGUGAGCUGGGCUGGAAGCCAGAGCACACGUUCACCCAGGAUGCAGCCGAGCUGGUGGAGGCCUACAAGGCCUCUGGACGGCUGGACCAGGAGAUGGAUUUCAGCGGAGGCUCGGUGUGA